AAAAAGGAAGGAAAUUCGAUGGCGCUGAGACUCUGGUGCCUCUCUUCUACUCCUUCAAUUUUCCCGCAAUCGACUAGAGUUUCUUACAUUAUCAGCUCUUCAACCAGACCAAGCGGGUCGCAUCCCAUUUCGAGAGCAUCCUCUUUGGUGAAAUUGGGCCCUAGAGGUGGAGUUCUUUUGGGUAGAACGGAGUUUAUGGUGAGCGUAGCGGAGAAGAGUGCUCCGGUGACGCUUGCGGCGGAGGAUGCGGGGAAGGUUUCGGCGGUGCUCUUUGACAUGGACGGUGUGCUUUGCAACAGCGAGGAGCUCUCCAGACGAGCCGCCGUGGAUGUUUUCACCGAGAUGGGAGUUGAAGUCACAGUCGAGGAUUUUGUGCCUUUCAUGGGAACAGGUGAAGCCAAAUUCCUAGGAGGUGUUGCUUCGGUUAAAGGGGUAGAAGGUUUUGAUCCCGAGACAGCCAAAAAGAGAUUCUUUGAAAUAUAUCUCGAUAAGUACGCAAAGCCAGAAUCGGGAAUUGGAUUUCCAGGAGCUCUUGAGCUUGUUACUCAGUGUAAGAACAAAGGUCUAAAAGUCGCUGUUGCCUCGAGUGCUGACCGUAUCAAAGUCGACACAAACCUCACUGCCGCUGGUUUGCCAUUGUCCAUGUUUGAUGCCAUUGUUUCCGCUGAUGCCUUUGAGAAUCUGAAACCUGCUCCUGAUAUUUUCUUGGCUGCUGCAAAGAUCUUGGAUGUUCCACCAAGUGAGUGUAUUGUUAUUGAAGAUGCGCUUGCUGGAGUUCAGGCUGCCAAAGCUGCAAAAAUGAGAUGUAUAGCCGUAAAAACUACUUUGUCAGAAGAAACUCUUAAGGAUGCUGGUCCAUCAAUUAUCCGAGACAAUAUUGGAAAUAUUUCUCUUGAUGACAUUCUCACUGGUGGCUCAGAUUCUAUGAAAAAUUCCACGAAAAUGCUUGAAGGAAAAACCAGUGGUGACAGAACCAAAGGUAACGGGUUUCAGGGUUCUCGGAGAGAUAUAGUGAGAUAUGGGAGCCUUGGCAUUGCUCUUUCUUGUCUUUACUUUACCGUCACAAACUGGAAGGCAAUGCAAUAUGCUUCUCCAAAAGCUGUAUGGAAUGCAAUUUUUGGUGCAAAAAGUCCAUCUUUUGCACAGAACCAAGGUGAGACAAGAUACAACAGGGUCCAACAAUUUGUGGAUUACAUUGCUGAUCUUGAGAGCAGGGGAACAGCUACAACUGUGCCAGAAUUUCCAUCUAAACUUGACUGGCUGAACAGUGCUCCUCUCCAAUUGCGUCGGGAUUUGAAAGGAAAAGUGGUUCUGCUUGAUUUUUGGACUUACUGCUGCAUAAACUGCAUGCAUGUAUUACCCGAUUUGGAGUUUCUUGAGAAAAAGUACAAGGACAUGCCGUUGACUGUUGUGGGUGUACAUUCGGCUAAGUUUGAUAACGAGAAGGAUCUAGAAGCCAUACGGAAUGCAGUUCUACGCUAUGAGAUCAGCCACCCGGUUGUUAAUGAUGGAGAAAUGAACUUAUGGCGAGAGCUCGGUAUUAACUCAUGGCCAACGUUGGCCGUCGUUUCUCCAAAUGGCAAACUUAUUGCACAAAUUUCUGGCGAAGGUCACCGCAAGGAUCUCGACAACUUGGUGGCAGCGGCUCUUACGUAUUAUGGUGGCAAGAAGAUGUUAGACAACACUCCACUGCCUAUACGUUUGGAGAAAGAUAACGAUCCUCGCUUGGUCGCUUCUCCAUUGAAAUUUCCCGGGAAGUUGGCGAUCGACACCCUUAAUAACCGGCUAUUCAUCUCAGACAGUAACCAUAACCGUAUCGUUGUAACCGAUCUACAGGGAAAUUUUAUUGUCCAAAUUGGAAGCACGGGAGAAGAAGGCCUGCGAGAUGGUUCCUUUGAAGAUGCCACAUUCAACCGUCCUCAGGGACUUGCUUAUAAUGCAAAGAAGAAUCUCCUCUAUGUUGCAGACACUGAGAAUCAUGCUUUGAGGGAGAUUGAUUUUGUCAAUGAGACUGUGCGUACUCUAGCUGGAAAUGGAACCAAAGGCUCAGACUACAAAGGUGGCGGAAAAGGAAACUCACAGCUUCUGAAUUCACCUUGGGACGUCUGUUUUGAGCCGUUUAAUGAGAAGGUUUACAUUGCAAUGGCGGGUCAGCAUCAGAUUUGGGAAUAUAAUGUGCUUGACGGCGUUGCUAGAGCUUUCAGUGGAGAUGGAUAUGAACGAAACUUGAACGGGUCUAGCUCUCAAAACACAUCAUUCGCUCAGCCUUCAGGAAUUUCGAUAAGCCCUGGUUUGAAGGAAGCAUAUAUUGCUGAUAGCGAAAGCAGUUCGAUUCGGGCCAUUGAUCUUAAAACAGGAGGAUCUAGAUUGCUCGUCGGAGGUGACCCGUUUUUCGCUGAUAAUCUUUUCAAGUUCGGAGAUCAUGACGGUGUGGGAACAGAAGUGCUCCUUCAACAUCCAUUAGGUGUUUUAUGCACAAAGGACGGCCAAGUAUAUAUAGCUGAUAGCUAUAACCACAAGAUCAAGAAGCUUGACCCCGUUAGUAAACGUGUCGUUACAGUAGCCGGAACAGGAAAAGCCGGUUUCAAGGAUGGAAAUGCCAUUGUAUCCCAGCUUUCAGAACCAGCAGGUCUUGUUCUAGCUGAAACCGGAAGGCUCUUCAUAGCUGAUACAAACAAUAGUCUCAUCAGAUACAUAGACAUAAACAAGGAAGAACCAGAAGUUGUUACAUUGGAGUUGAAGGACGUUCAACCGCCACUGCAAAAGCCAAAGUCUUUGAGACGUUUGAGGAAACGUGCUUCAGCUGAUACAAAGAUUGUAACUGUGAACGCAGUUACUUCCCGUGAAGGAGAUUUGAAUAUCAAGAUCUCAUUACCCGAUGGCUACCAUUUCUCCAAGGAAGCACGAAGCAAAUUUGUGGUUGAUGUGGAGCCUGAGAAGGCAGUCGAGAUCGAACCCACAGAUGGAAAUUUCGGUCCUGAAGGCUCGGCUGUUCUUCAUUUCAGACGAUCUUCUGCUUCAGCUUCUCUCGGGAAAAUCAAUUGCAAGGUAUACUAUUGCAAAGAAGACGAGGUUUGCUUGUACCAGUCCCUACAGUUCGAGGUACCAUUCCAAGAGGAUACUACGGCGGAUUCAUCUCCGCAGCCGCCGCCGGAGAACAUAACGUUCGCCUACACCAUCAAACCCCGAGCUUCCCCCUCCGUCGGUCUACAGCUUCCCGCCGCCCGCUGAACCAUAUGAUCACGAUGAUGCAAUCGUAUCAUCAUAUGAUGGUUAGAGAGAACAAUAGCCUUAAAAGACCGCAUGUUUGUGAUCCGUCAUACUUUGGAUCAAUCGAUGCUUAGUCUUCGGCCAAGUAUUCGAUCGUUGAAAAUUUUCAAUUUCUGUAUCAAAAGCAUUUGUUGAAAUGUGUUUCUAUGUGAUAAUGGUAAGUCCUCUUCCCUCCAUUGUAUUUUGGUUACUUGUAGUCGUUCCAAUUUUAUGGGACGUAAUCGAAAAGCAUCCACUCA